CCGCCGCUUUGUAAGAGGCACAUUGGCAGGUAACGAGCGGCGGCGGCAGCGGCGGUUCCGGAGUCCAGCGAGGGGAGCAGCGUGGCAGAAUUUAUUCAGGAAAGCAAAAGUGAAGAGUGGGGGCACAGGAAACUGACUCUGCAGUUUAUUCAUCUUGGGCUGAAUAAAGAGAAAAAAUUUUCUAUUUUGUACACACAUUAUUUUGUAUAUACUGCGUAUGAUGACGUCAGUGAGCAAUGACCGUUGCCGAGGUGCUCGGGAAAAAACACAGAUUUCUGCAACACAGGCAACACAAUCACAGAAACAAGUGGUACAGCUGUACAGACCUCUUGAUACUUCUAGAGCUCAGCCUGGCCACAGCUGAACAGAUGCGUCUUGCUCAAGUGAUCUUUGAUAAGAAUGAUUCUGAUUUUGAAGCUAAAGUUAAACAGCUUAUGGAAGUGACGGGGAAAAAUCAGGAUGAAUGCAUAGUGGCCCUACAUGACUGUAAUGGAGAUGUCAACAAAGCUAUUAAUAUAUUGCUGGAAGGGAAUUCAGACACAACUUCUUGGGAGACUGUAGGGGGGAAAAAAAAGAAUUUUGGAAAAGAAAGUUCAGAAAACAAAGAGAAUAGAGAGAAGAGAAGCGAGAGAGAAACAAACCGUGGACGUGGAAACAACCGGAAAGGAAGAGGAAGCAAUCGUGGCAGAGAAUUCAGAGGGGAAGAGAAUGGAAUUGAUUGUAAUCAAGAGGACAAAACUUCAGACCGGGGCAAGCGAGCACGUGUUCGAGGAUUUGGACGAGGCAGAGGAAGAGGAGCAGGAAGAUUCUCAGCCCAAAGCAUGGGGACAUUCAAUCCUGCAGACUAUUCAGAUUCUACAUCUGCAGAUGGGUGUGGGACAAAAGUAGUAGUUUGGGAACCUGCUCAGAAUGGUGCAAGUGAAGGAUCUGAACUGGCAACUCAUACUCACAACAUAACCCAAGAUCUGCCAAAUAAAAGUUCAUAUGGACUCAAAGGUGCCUGGAAAAAUUCUGUGGAGGAGUGGACAACGGAAGACUGGACUGAAGAUCUUUCUGAAACAAAAGUCUUCACUGCCUCAUCUGUUCCAGCAGAGAAUGAUGUCACACCUAGGCAAAGCAUUGACCUAGUAUCCUUGCUCCAGAAGCCUGUUCCUCCAGGUCAAGUGUCAGAAGUCAGUGCUUUUGAAGCCUCCCAACAGCAGGGCUUUGGCCAAGCCCUUGUCUUCACGAAUUCUCAACACAACAGUCCGAUGACACCAGGGCCUGGCAGCUCCACUCCUGCCACCUCCUACUCUCCUCAACGCCUGUCAUCUGUCCUCGGCUCAGGAUUUGGAGAGCUUACACCAUCAAAAUUGGCUAAUAUCACCAGCUCCCAGGUUUUGGACCUGAAAGCUCCAAGUUUGGGCCAGUUUACCACCACCCAAAGUUCACAGCAGAAUAGUACUAGUUCCUCAACAACUACUACUUCUUGGGACGUCAAGCCCUCAGCAUCCCAACCCUCAGUCCUCACUCACUUUGAUUUCAAAUCUCAGCCUGAGCCAUCCCCCGUUCUUAGCCAGUUGAGCCAACGACAGCAGCACCAGAGCCAAGCAGCCAGUGUUCCUCCUCCUGGCUUGGAGUCCUUUCCUUCCCAGGCAAAACACCGAGAAUCAGCACCUGGAGACAGUGCUUCCACUGUGAACAAACUUUUGCAGCUUCCUAACAUGGCUGUCGAAAAUAGCACUGUGUCUGCCCACCAACCACAACCCAAGCAUCUCAAACUCCCUAAGCGGCGGAUACCUCCAGCUUCUAAGAUUCCAGCUUCUGCAGUGGAAAUGCCUGGUUCAGCAGAUGUCACUGGAUUAAAUGUUCAGUUUGGGGCCCUGGAAUUUGGAUCAGAAUCCUCUCUCUCUGAGUUUGGAUCAGUUCCAGGCAGUGAAAAUAGUAAUCAGAAUCCCAUCAAUUUGUAUUCGAAAUCUUUAAGUGAUCCUUUGAGUAACUCUCUACCAAUGACCAGUGCUGUACAGAAUUCCACCUGUACAACUUCAGUCAUUACCUCCUCCAGUCUGAGCAGCUCAUCCCUGAGCUCCACCAGCCCUGUAACGACAUCUUCCUCUUAUGACCAGAGUUCUGUGCACAACAGGAUCGCAUACCAAAGCUCUGUGAAUCCACCGGAAUCGGCUCCAGGAGCCCUCAUGAAUGGACAUGGUGGUGGUCGAAGCCAGCACACACUAGACACUACUUCAUCUGUUCCAGCUCCAAAGACGAUAGACCCUCCCUCCACCCUGCCAUCUGUGGGCUCCCUGCCCAGUACCACCUCCUGCACUGCGCUUCUACCCUCCGUGUCCCAGCACACUGCUGCUUUGCCCUCCUUGUCCCAGCCUGGUGACUUGUCCAGCAGCCCCCUCUCUCAGCUUAGCAGUUCACUCUCCAGUCACCAGAGCAGCCUCUCCUCUGCGCAUGCAGCCGUCUCCUCGAGCACGCCACACACACAUGCCAAUGUGGAGAACACCCCUUCCGUCCAGUCCUCGGCAACGUUCUCCACGGCAGCACCCUCCUCCUCGAGUGCCCCUUCGUCGAGUAUCAGCCCACCUGGUAGCAUGAGCACAGUGAACAGCCUCUGCCUGGGUGGGACCACUGUGAGCGCACCCAGCAGCACCAUCAGGGCCGCACCCUUGGUGACCUCAGGCAAAGCACCCCCAAACCUGCCUCAAGGGGUACCUCCCCUGCUGCACAACCAGUACCUCGUGGGCCCUGGAGGACUGCUUCCUGCCUACCCAAUUUAUGGCUAUGAUGAGCUCCAGAUGCUACAGUCACGGCUGCCUAUGGAUUACUACGGAAUUCCCUUUGCUGCACCCACAGCCCUUGCCAGCCGAGAUGGGAGCCUAGCUAAUAACCCGUAUUCAGGCGAAGUCACAAAGUUUGGCCGAGGCGAUUCUGCAUCCCCUGCACCUCCCACCACACUAGCUCAGCCACAGCAGAGCCAAUCCCAGGCCCACCACACAGCCCAGCAGCCCUUUUUGAGUCCUGCACUGCCACCUGGCUACAGCUACACUGGCCUCCCCUAUUAUACCGGUGUACCCAGUGCCUUCCAAUACGGGCCCACCAUGUUCGUCCCUCCAGCCUCAGCCAAGCAGCAUGGUGUGAACCUCAGCACCCCCACCACGCCUUUUCAGCAGGCCAGUGGCUAUGGCCAGCAAAGCUACGGCACAGGUUAUGAUGACCUGACCCAGGGGACAGCAGCAGGUGACUACACCAAGGGUGGCUAUGCUGGAUCAUCACAGGCACCAAACAAGUCUGCUGGUUCGGGGCCUAGCAAAGGAGCAUCAGUGUCUUCAGGCGCCACUGGCCUACCUGAUAUGACUGGUUCUGUCUAUAGCAAGACACAGACUUUUGACAAGCAGGGAUUUCAUGCAGGGACCCCUCCACCUUUCAGCCUGCCCUCAGCUUUGGGCUCCACUGGCCCCUUGGCCCCUGGAACAGCCCCUGGCUAUGUACCCCCACCAUUCCUGCACAUCCUGCCAGCCCACCAGCAGCCACAUUCACAGCUGCUACACCACCACCUUCCGCAGGAUGCCCAGAGUGGCUCAGGACAGCGCAGCCAGCCCAGCUCCCUGCAGCCCAAGUCUCAAGCCUCCAAACCCACCUAUGGCAACUCUCCAUACUGGACAAACUAGACCGCUGAGGGAGGAGUGGGCUUGGGGCAGGGCUUACCCUGGGCAGGAGAGAACACGUGGAACACAUUUCUGGGAGCCCAGUGCCCUUUCCUAGAUUCUUGAACCUCUGCAGGGAGCCUUCCUCCCAGACUAUUGUAUGUAAUGUAUUUAUGUAUGUAUUUGUAAAUGUGAUAGAAGCCCAGGGCUGCAAGUGCAGCCAAGUCUGCUCUCCCCAUCCGGACCUUUCUCACUGUACCAAGCCUGCACCCUUCUGCCUUCUGGUCUUCCAUAUGGCCUCCUGUCUGGUGGCACUGAAGGACUGCUUCAAGGGAGUUUGGGUUUUGGGGUGAGGUAGCAAUGAAGAAUCACAGCUUCUCUCAGUCCCUUUGUAAACCAUUAUUUGAGUUUUGUUCCUUUGUAACUGUUUUAUACCUGUUUUUGAGAAACUGGUCCUUUUGCUAUUUGUCAUGGUCCCCCUUCCACCAAAUCUUGAUCUGGGAAUAGCAGAGAUGAUCACCUGCCCAACAUGAAUCUAGGCUCAUGUUUGUCCUCACAGAGCCAGGCCUUCUGCGUCUGGUCCUGUCCCUAAAAAUUGCCAUUCUUUAGCCAACCGUUUAAAACAAUCUGGUCUCAGAAAAAUUAAGCCAGUCAGCUCCCCUUUAAAAAAAAUCAAAGAUCUGCUUCCACUUCAGUGCAAGCCCAUCUCCAAGCAAAGGGUCCUCUGUUCCAGUUGUCCUGAACUGGGUGGGCAACUGUUUCAGGGGCUUUCUCUUGCCCAAACUCCACCUAAUAAAGUUCUGAGAGCAUG